CAUGCUCAGAGUUGCGGCAGCCGGGGAGUGUUUUGGGUUUUAGUGGCUAACCGGUAAGCUAGCUAGCUAACUUAUCAGCUCACUCUUCUGUAUCAUUCUCUGUCUCACUCUCAGAGAGUGCUGCGGGGUUAUUAAUGACCUGUACUGGGAGACGGAAAUGAGCAGUCUGAUCUGCAGCGCUUUAUUAGACAGUCUGAGCUCAGUAUGAGAGUAGUUAUAGUGAGUGGAAUUAGCUUAGCCUGUUAGCUCGUCCCGCUAGCCUGCUACACACUGGACUGUGGGUGGUUAGCCUAAUUUAGCUUAGCAUAGCUUAGUUUUGAAGACGGCUGGGCGGACAUAUAAGAGCUCUGGGCUGCUCUAAAACCACAGGUCGGAUUGAAUCCUGUGGUUUGGGGAUCAUGCUGUAAUCUGGGAACACUGUGAUAAAAACGCUUUUGCACUAAACUGCAUUAGAAUGAGAGAGGAGUGUGUAUCUGAGUUUGGGGUUAAGUGGUGAAAGCGUCGUGGCUGUCAGCUCUUCUGCUGCAGACAGGGAGGGGGACCGAGCUGGCCAUGUCGGGAGUCCCCACCCCUCCUCCCCCGGGGGAGAUGGGCAGCGGCCCGGUGGCUGAGAGCUGGUGCUACACCCAGGUGAAAGUAGUGAAGUUUUCCUAUAUGUGGACCAUCAACAACUUCAGCUUCUGUCGAGAGGAGAUGGGGGAAGUUCUGAAAAGCUCAUCUUUCUGUUCAGGUCCCAACGAUAAGAUGAAAUGGUGUCUGAGAGUCAAUCCAAAGGGACUAGAUGAUGAAAGUAAGGAUUACCUGUCACUGUAUUUGCUGCUGGUUAGCUGUCCAAAAAGUGAAGUCCGAGCCAAGUUCAAGUUUUCUUUACUGAACGCUAAGCGUGAGGAGACUAAAGCUAUGGAAAGCCAAAGAGCCUACCGGUUCGUCCAAGGCAAAGACUGGGGCUUCAAGAAGUUUAUUAGAAGAGAUUUUCUGCUGGAUGAAGCGAACGGGCUGCUUCCUGAUGAUAAACUGACUCUGUUCUGUGAGGUGAGCGUGGUGCAGGAUUCAGUGAAUAUCUCAGGCCAGUCCAACAUGAACAUGCUGAAGGUUCCUGAGUGCCAGCUGUCGGAUGACCUGGGGAACCUGUGGGAGUGUUCUCGGUUUACAGACUGCUCACUGUUCGUGGGAGGCCAGGAGUUCAAGGCCCACAAAUCCAUCCUGGCAGCGAGAUCGCCGGUCUUUAAUGCCAUGUUCGAGCAUGAAAUGGAGGAAAGUAAAAAGAACCGGGUAGACAUCAGUGACAUCGACGCAGACGUCUUCAAAGAGAUGAUGGGUUUUAUAUACACAGGGAAGGCACCAAACCUGGAGAACAUGGCUGACAGUUUAUUGGCAGCAGCUGAUAAAUAUGCUCUAGAGAGGUUAAAGGUCAUGUGUGAGGAAGCUCUGUGCAACGGUCUAUCAGUAGAGAACGUCGCUGACACGCUCAUCCUCGCAGACCUGCAUGGAGCCGAGCAGCUCAAAGCUCAGGCCAUCGAUUUCAUCAACAGGUGCAGCGUCCUCCGACAGCUGGGCUGCAAGGAUGGGAAGAACUGGAAUAGCAAUCAUGCCACCGAUAUAAUGGAGACUCCGGGCUGGAAGUCAAUGAUCCAGUCUCAUCCUCACUUAGUGGCCGAGGCUUUCCGCGCGCUCGCUUCGGCCCAGUGCCCGCCCUUCGGUCUGCCCAGGAAGAAGCUGAAACAGUCCUGACUGGUGUCUGUGCGUACGCCAGAGACAGAGGAGUGUGUGUGAGCCGGACCUCGCCAGAACUGGACGUUUUCAGCCGUCUGGACCGACGGGUUUGGGUUUGGAGCUUUAGCGUCUCACCGUCUUUCCGAUGGCCUUAACCUGUUCGUCCACGAUGCUGAAAAACCUCUGGAGAGGUUCUUCUGCUGUCUCAGCUCUACUCUGUGCCUGCCUCGUCCCAAACGCCGGACCAGGUCCAUCACCCCCACCACCCUGCACUAACUCCCAAAGGCUAGCUGUUUUCAUACGAGGUUCUGUUUCAGAUGUGUAAAGGGUUUAAUUAAAGGGGAAAUACGUUAAAUAUUAUCACUGUCACGCAAAAGCCUUCAAAAGCAUCUUCAUUUUCGAUUUUUGUCAUCAUUAGAAUCUGGCAGUUGUUCUUUAUAUUGUCUAAGAAUGUCAUGAUAAAUGGACCAAUAGAAAUGCUCCAAAAAUGGCCAGGAAUAAAAUCUUCUUAUGAUAGCUUCCAUUAGAAGUUUUAAAAAAUUUAUGUUUUUGAAGAUGCAAUUUAUUUUUUUUUUUUGUGGGACAGUGAUGAUUGGUGUAUACAUAUAUGCAUUAUACAUAUAUAUGUAUGUGUACUGCAAUGAUAUUCAGAAGAAAGGUAAAAAGGUAUUGAAGGAAAUAAUGUAUAUUAAACUACACCUACAGAAGUAGUGUGUAACGCAUGUGUAAAAAAACAACAUGCCAAACAUUUCAGCAUGGAGCUGUAGAGGUUCUUAAUGGUGUCCUGCAAUUAUUAUAUGUCCUGCGAUUCAUCCCGUACAGCCAGCCGAUUGGCAGCAGUCUUGCAGCAGUCCUUUAACCUCCUUUUGAACAUCAUUGCAUACAUUUAUAUAUACAGCUCUGGAAACAAAUAAGAGACCACUUAAAAAUUAUGAGUUCCUUUUUUUUAUUUUUUAAAAUAGAAAACCUCUGGAAUAUAAUCAAUAGGAAGAUGAAUGAUCACAAGCCAUCUAACCACCAAACUGAACUGCUUGAAUUUUUGCACCAGGAGUAAAGCAGCAUAAAGUUAUCCAAAAGCAGUGUGUAAGACUGGUGGAGGAGAACAUGAUGCCAAGAUGCAUGAAAAAAAAACUGUGAUUAAAAAUCAGGGUUAUUCCACCAAAUAUUGAUUUCUGAACUCUUAAAACUCUAUGAAUAUAAACUUGUUUUUUUUUUUUUUGCAUUAUUUGAGAUUAUUUAAGAUUCCUUAUUUUCUGCAAACAAAAAAUGAUCUAAAUGACCAUUUCUAUUUGUAAUUUGGGAGAAAUGCUGUCUGUAGUUUAUAGAAUAAAACAACAAUGUUCAUUUUACUCAAACAUAAACCUAUAAAAAGCAAAAUCAGAGAGAAACUGAUUCAGAAACUGAAGUGGUCUCUUAAUUUUUUCCAGAUGUGCAUAUAUAUAUUAUAAAACAUGGCUAAAGUGCAAGGUCGCUGCUUUAUACUUUUUGAAGAGACAAGAUAAUGCCCCAUAUUGAUGGCACUAUUUCUAUGUAAAGACGUAUUUGACAUUUAAGCAUAUUCGAAAGAAAGAUGUUAAAUAUAAAAACUAGUAUUCUUAAAUAUUGUGCAGAUGAUGAAACAGCUGUAUGAGUUUGAUAUGUUUGUAAUUACUGUCUCUGUGUUGUUCGGCCCCUAACUGACUCAGAUAUAAGAGAACCUUCUUUUUCACCGAUAUAAACUGUGUGCUAUAACCGCGAGGGAGUGGGCAUUCCAGUGGAGCGUCGCAUCAUAGAGCCCUGUAAGAAUUUCAGAACUACACAAAAUUACGAUCUCUGUAAUUCUAACAGUACGAGUCCACUUGCACUUUUCUUCGCAUACCAGUCGUGCUGGGUAUAAAUGAAGCGAAAGAACAGUCUGGAGGAAGGCAGUUGUAUUUUUUUAUAUUAAAUUUUUGUUUUUACUUUAAUUUCACAUUCUAAUCUUAUUUUUUUUUUUUAAUAAAAGUUAUCAGCUUUUCUCCAUGCUUAAAAUAAAUGCAUGAAUUCUCCAUGAUUGGCUAGCCACAGUUUGGUGGCCAUACUUCCCAUAAUUCCUUCUCUGUACUGCGAGGCUGCUCUCGUUGCAACCCCUCCCAUCAUGCACUGCCAGAUGUGGCAGCUCUCUGUAAUGAUAUAGAUAUGGGAUACAUCCUGGCGAAAUGGCAAGUGGACUUAUUGUACCAGAAACUCUAUAACUAAACUACUAUAUAACUAUAUCUUCUGUAAGAUAUAUUCAGAAAAAAGACUGUUACAACAUAAAGGGGUUUGUAGAUACAGGGUUUGGACAAUGAAACUGAAACACCCGGUUUUAGACCACAAUAAUUUAUUGUGGUGACGGACAGUUCUGGUGGAAACAGGAGAGUUGAUGUGCACAUUGAAUUCUGCGUGAUUUGAUCAGCCGUGGUUUUAUGUUUUUUGGAUACAAUCCGGGCUAUCACCCGAACAUCCCUUUCAGACAGCUUCCUCUUACAGCGUCCACAGUUAAUCCUGUUGGAUGUGGUUGGUCCUUCUUGGUGUAUGCUGACAUUACCCUGGAUACCGUGGCUCUUGAUGCAUCACAAAGAAUUGCUGUCUUGGUCACAGAUACGCCAGCAAGACGUGCACCAACAAUUUGUGCUCUUUUGAACUCUGGUAUGUCACCCAUAAUGUUGUGUGCAUUGCAAUAUUUAGAGCAGAACUGUGCUCUUACCCUGCUAAUUGAACCUUCACACUCUGCUCUUACUGGUGCAAUGUGCAAUUAAUGAAGAUUGAACACCAGGCUGCUCCAAUUUAGCCAUGAAACCUCCCACACUAAAAUGAUGACAGGUGUUUCAGUUUCAUUGUUCAACCCCUGUACAUUACAGCACUACUGUAAUGCAGCUCCAGUUUUAAAACCCAGGAUAUUUAAGCUGCUGCUUAUGUUGAUGUACUAAAUGGCAAUGCAGUAUUGGUAACUUUUUUUUUUUUAUAUACACAUGCAGAAUCAAAUCUGCAUCUGUAUAGGUUAUUUUAUGUUUUUAUUUUUGGAUUAUCUGUCCUGCAGGGGUUCUUUACAUUAAAUUCUUUACAUUCAAUCUGAAUUUGCAUUGAAUUCCAUCAAGCCGCUAUUUUUUUUAUUUUAUUUAUUAUUAUUUUUUAAGAAUUAAAAAUCCCAGUUUAUAUCCCAGGUAUUAAUGCUCAAACAGGUUCUGCACAUGUGCAAGCACUGUUAACUAGUUACUACACUGUGAGGAUGAUGCUGUGAAAGGAAGGGUUCUCUGAAUUUUUUUUUUUUUUUUUUUUUUUAUUCUUGAAAAUAUAACUAUUUUUUUUCUGCUAAAUAUGAACAAUUACAGGUUUUAUAAUACUAUUACAGUUGAGGGAGAGGAAGUCCAGAUCAUAGCUGAUGUGUUUGUUACUAAGUAUAAUCCACAUUUAGUCCAAUUACUUUUGGGUUCACACUGCACUUUAGUGAUCAAGUGCAUUAAGGAACUUUGCUAAGUGGGCGGAGUUUUCCUAUACGUGACACUGAUUGGUUCUCGGUCAGAAUCUGACUCCCUUCGAGUACAGGUGAAUGUAUCCCAAAGCAGAAAGAUCGUAACAAAUUACCCUCAGACUCCUUUUAUUUCUGUUUAUAAAUAAGGGUUAAUCUACAGCUACAGUAGAUACAGAAUCACCAGUGUAAUAAUCUGCUGGACCCACACUGCUGCGCAUGGUUCACCUGUACCUGUAGGGUAAUUGGAUUCAGUACAACACCAGUUACAAACCUUUUUCUUCUUCUAUUGUUAAAUAGAUGACAAUAGCCUUUCUCAAUUUUCUGUUAUUGAUCUGAAAGUCUGAACAAUCUCAAAUAGUGUGAACAAUCUCAAAUGGUGACACUUAAGAACCUUUAAGUGGGGAUAGUAAAUGAGGGAACAGUGUUUUUUUUUUUUUUAUUCUAAAGUUUAGAAAAACUCGAAUACAAAUGUUUUGUUUGAUGGAUAACCUCUCUUUUAUUAUUUUUCUAAAGGUAAAUCUUAUUUUUAUUUGUCCUGAUUCAGAGAACCCUUUCUUUUGUUCAGUCUACCCAAGUUUAAAGGUUCUAGAAUGAACCGAUACAUUUUUAAAGAAGUUUAAAUGAGUGGAAGUUUCUUUAAACCUUAUUCUAAGGUUCUUCUUCACAUUCAGACUCUCUCAGAAACCUUUGCUUAUAGAAAUGUUGUUUUUUUCUCUCCAGGAUCCCUUAGUGGCACCCUUUUUUUUUUUUUGUGAGUGUAACCUCACAAAAUUUAAAUAUGAAAAACUACACAUUAUAAUUUCAUUUUUUUUCCCUUCGAGAAGCUAAUAUGAAUUAAUUUCUCCACACUGGACUGUGUGCUGUUAGAACACAGUGCUUUUUGGCUCGCUCUGAUGCUGUUUGAUUCGCACCAGGUUGUACUGGACCUGGAUCAGGCUUGAUGGCUCACCUUCAGACGUACUGUCCUCUAGAAUCAGGAACGCGGGACGCUGAGCGUCUUAUCAGUGGCAUUAUUACAGCAGCACAGGCGGGGAGGAGAGCUCGGUAUUGUAUUUUUUGACAUGUGGUAUUACACUAGAGCCGAGGUUCUGACUCAGAUGGUUCUGUAUGAGGGUUCUGUUGUGGUGUUACAUCGAGAACUGUUUUUAAGGACGUGUUCCAGUGUCUGUAAGAAUGCCCGUGUUCUCAUUAAAGACUUUUUUUAGUAUAUUUCA